GUUGAUGAAAUCGGCUGAGUGUUUAACAAAAGUUAGUUUAUUACGGUGGUAAAUAAUUUACCAAUAGAUAACGACAAGUCUGGACCAAACGGCCAUAAAAGAUACAGCGCCAAGGCAGGGUUAAAUAUUAUUAUAUUUUAUCGUGACGGUGCUCGGACCGAACCGUUCCUUCGCCGAACAGAUUAUAGUAGUAUUGAUCACUGUCCGGGUUUGCGCAUUCCGUCUGGAGGGGUCGAGUCGAGUCGGUGACCUCUACCGGGGGAUGACGAGGGUUGGAUUUCGGACCCCAUCCCCAGUGCUCUCCGCCGGUCGCGCAUGCCCGGUGUUUCGCAGACGGAUCAAUGUGCCCACAAGUAUUGUAUUCCCGGGCCGACCUGUAGUGCCUGGAUGCCGUUGUCCGGAGCUGUUGUGUCAUUUACUUUCCGCUGGCGUCGCGGCCAUGAUGUGUGAACCUGACUGCUGUCGCACUUAGUCGUGCUCAUUCGCCAUUCGUCACUGGGUUUUUCCGAUUUUCCCACUGUCCUCUCCGUUUGGAACCAUCGGUGAACGUCGCCUGCGCCAUGGACGUGUUCAAUCCCGGUAUGCAAAUAUUGGCGCUACUGCUGUUGGCGUACAAGCAUACAAGCGAGACGCUUCCGACGUUGGACCCUGGCAAUUCUGUUUCAGAGACCAUGCAAUUCCACCAACAUCCUCAAGAUGAUCCCCACCAUCAUUCAAGUGAAGAAUCUAUUUUGCCUGAUCAGCCUAAAUCAUCACAGGAUAAUGCCAAAUAUAACUCAGAUUCAGAUGAUAUAAAUAAGAACUUCAAGACGGAUUCACCAGGAAUUGAUGAUGGCCAAGUGAACACAUUUUCCGUUGGACCAGAUGUGUUUUACUAUUUUACGUCGAUAAAAUCUCAAAAGUCUAUUUUUGGCCAGCAGUUGGAUUUUACACUCUUUACAGGCAUUCUGAAAACUAUUGCGGACAAAGAACAAGGAAGAUUAGACGUUUACAAAAUUGCCAAGCUAAACAAUCUUGUAUUGCCAUUAAGAGCACAAUUGUCAGUUGAAAUAACGGUUUUUAAUCCAUUUCCAAAAACAUUAAAAGUCAUUGAAGUGUUUGGGGGAGGACCUAGUUUUCAAUUGGCAUUACCAUCUGGAAAAGUAAAUGACCAUAAAAGUGUUUGGAAAAUUAUGCCGUACCAAACAAAGCCAAUAAUAAAAUUUGUAUUUUCCGGGCAUACAAAAAAUAUCUAUACAACGAAUGUCGGGAUUUUACUAAGCAAUCAACAUUAUUUGAAUAUUCCGAUAAGUAUAUCAAUACUUCCGAAACCGGGACUUUACUAUUCAGAACUUGUUAUUGACUUUGGCUUUAUUUUUAAAAAUCGUAUGUUGUCAACAAGAGCUCUGAAGUUGUGUAAUUCUGCCAAGUCUAGCAACACAGUCAAGAACAUCACAUCCGAUGCUCACUUUGUCACUGUGAGUUUUACCAACGAAGUAGAAGUACCUCCACAGUCCUGUACGACCGGCCACGUUGCUUUGAUUACACACUACUGGGAUUAUGAAAGAUACCUUAGCGGACAAACUUACGGACAGUUAACUGUGAAGAGCCUUAAAGGCAGUGAAUUGCACGUACCGUAUAAUGCAAUGUUGCUGCUAGGUAAUUUGACGUACCAAGAAAAUUCUUUGCAUUUCGUCAUACCCGAAGAUAACUCCAAAGAUUCGUCUAGUUUUUUCAAAACGUUCACCAUAACCAACAACUUUUCAUCUGUUUCUGUUGCUAUUUCCGAAGUAAUAUUACAAAAGAACGCCACGCAACAUUUUAUGAUAAAAGGUUUCAACCCUGUGAUUUUAAAACCCGAUCAAAGUGUACAGUUAUUUCGAAUAGUUUGUUUGGACGUGAGAACAUUUAAAACACAAUUGGUUUCAUCGUUAGAACUCAAAACGAACGCUUCAGAUUUUACAAUUCCUCUUAUGGCUUACAAAGGACUACUUUUGGAUAUUGUACCGGGCAAUUUUAUUAUUCAAUUUCCCACUGAAACAAUUAUUCCUUGUCACACUUAUGUUGUAGUGGCUAAUAUAAACCCAGUACCAUUGAAUCUUGAAGAUUGGGGAACUACGUAUACGCCCUACACUACAUUGACUUUGGUGGAAAUAGAAGAGUACAAUAAUUCGUCUAAGCACAACAAAGUAAAUGAAUGGUCACGGCCUUUGAUAAAACAAAACUUGGCUAUGCCGCCCGUAACGUUACCGGCAAAACAUUAUGCAAUAUUUCAACUAAUGGUACAUCAGGAAGCUAAUCAAAAACCGAAAGUCGCUGUUGAUGUAUGGAUCCAAACUCUGUAUCAACGUCAUAACAAAUUGCUUAUGUUACCCGAGUUCAAACAAGAAUUCCUAGUAAUGGACGAACCGUUAGGGUUUAAAAACUGUCACCCGGGAACCGUUUGCACAGUAGAUGUAAUUGUAAAGUCUUGGAUAAACAAGACGGUAGAAUUUAAUUCAGUGACUGAUGAUGUUUUGGAGGAAAAAAUUGCAUUUGUAUUUUCACCCUCUACGACGAUUGGACCUCAAGCCGUAUCUUUGCUGGGCAAACUUCGAUGGGUUCCCGUAACCCGUAAGAGCUCUGAAAGUUAUAUCGGAUUAAAUACAAAGGAAAAAGCCAUGUGGUUAUUGAGUGUACAGUUAACAAAUUUAUUCGAGGCGAGUAAUAUGGAUUUUUCUUGGUUUUACCGAAGACUGGAAAAAUAUUAUGCAAGAAUACACAAUCAAAACUUUAAACACCAUUUCUUAUUGGAAUCAACUAAGAAAAAUAAAUGUCAGUUCACUGCAAUUUUUAACUUGAAGUGGCCAAAAUUUGUCCAAAAUGAAUUGACGACCGAAAAGACCAAAGACUCCCUUCAUCAAACCACUUUCGAGAUUCUGACCGCGGAAGUGAAUGGUGCGCCGCAAUAUCAAAAGAUUGUCGUUAAAAAUACAUUUAAGAGUCGCAACUUAACUAUGCAAUUUGCUAUGUACACCAAGCCGUACAAAUGUAAGAUAACCGAUAUCAUAAAACUACACGAACACGAGGUGCACUCUUUAAAUGUUUCACGAGACGAUUGGGAAUUAAUGUUGACGAAUACUAGUCCUUACCGAAAAAAAGUUUCAAAUAUAAGAGACACGAAGUUUGCCGUGCACAAUCAAACUAUGUUUUUCGUUUUACCUCCACAGGAGCAACUCGAGGUAUCGGUAAGGUUUUGGCCUAAUAAACCUGGCGACAGUGCAGCUGUUUUGUUCAUUAGAAAUGACGCAUCAAUUCUUGAAAGUGUUUUACUGAAGGGUAAAGGCGUUCAUCCGGCGCUAAAGCUGCGGUCUUACGAUGAGCCGACUAAAGUAAUUUUUGAUUUAGGAUCAAAAUCUAUAAUUAAAAGUUUUUGUAACAAACAGAAUUUGGUAUCAUUUAAUCAAACGGAGACUAAAGACUUGGAAUUAAUAAACCCCUACAACCGAUUUGUUAUCGUUUCUGCUAUGAAGAUAAACGGUGUUCCUUGCGGUGUUGAAGGAAUCAGGAUUUUGAAUUGCAAUAAGCUUGUUCUUUUCCGAAGUCAACUAAAGAGGUGUCUAUUGAGUUGCACGUUGAUUUUACGUUAAAAUAUAUAAACUUUCAACUGGAGAUACAUUCAUUAGAACGCACAGAUGGUUCAGAAAAUACUAAUCAGUAUUAUAAGUAUGACUUAUUUGCUGUCAUGCCAAUAGAACGGAAAAUCUGUCAACAUGAUGCAUAUACAUCGGUCCAUCCUAAUCGUGGUCAUGAUAGCAAAAGACUAAUAUGGUUACAUAGACACGAAUUAAUCAUAAUUAUUUUACCAUUAACAUUGGUCGUGGGUGUAUCACGUAUAACAAGAUAUUUAAUUUCUAACGGUUAUAUACGUGUUUAAAUUACUAAUAAUAAAAAUAUAUUUGUGAAUUGUUUUAAAAAAAAAAAGCAUAACUUUGGUCUUGGUACCCA